AUGGCUAUUGGCGACUAUGCUCUUUCUAGGGGAAAUGUCUCAACGAUAAUUUCUGGCAGACUAAAGAAUAUGAUUUGUCAUACACACAUUGGGCAAAUAACUGAGCUAUUAAAAUGCAUAAUGGCAUCAGACUACUGGACGCUUAUAAGCGAAAUUGUCCUAUAG